AUGGAUACCAACAAUGUUGACCCGUUCCGCAAAACUUGUCUCAUACCGUAUCCCAACGUCGAUGACCUUCCACCGAUUCUGCGCGAUAAACUGGAAAUAUUGCCAUUUCGUCGCAACAUUCUCCUGACGAUUGCACAUUCUCACGGUCUUGCACCCCACUUACUGGGUCUCAUCGGUGCCUGCUUCGAUGGCACCCAGCGAGGUCUGCCCACGCUUGAGUGGCAAUUGAUUGUCUUGCGGGCUGCCACUGUUCUCGGAGCGAAGUACGAAUGGGAUGUGAAUAUCCCAGUUGCUGAAGUCCACAACAUGCCCCAAGAGAAGAUCGAAAAUAUUGGUUGUCCAAUUUCAGUCAUUCAUGACACCAGUCAAGGCCCAUGGACACUCCGAGACAGGGUUUUACUACGUAUGGUAGAUGAGCAGUUGUCUACGUAUACAAACGAGGAAAAGACCAUUCAAGAUGCUUUGGAACUUCUUGGGGCUGAUAUGGUUGUGGAGGUGAUCAUUAUUAUCGGAAUCUAUGCUUUGUUGGCUAGGCUGAUUAAAGGGCUGGGUGUGGAUGAUGAUCCGGAGAUUCCGGAUUUGAAGGAGAAGAUCAGGGAGGCCAUCACAGCUACCAGGUAG